AAUAUAAAUAAGGGGAUGGAGUGGUGGAUGGGAGCAUUGCAUUUCCAAAUGGAGUUGGCUAACAUAGCAAAGUGCUUAUUGUUGGGUGUUGUGAUUAUGUGGAUUCAAAUCCAUGGAAACAAAGGUUGCUUUGAAGAAGAGAGAUUGGCUCUCUUAGAUUUCAAGGCAUUUAUUGGAUCAAAUGGGUUUGACGCAGACCAUCUUCUUCCUUCAUGGAUUGAUGAUCCAACCAGCAAUUGUUGUGAGUGGGAGCGUGUAAUUUGCAACUCAACCACCGGUCACGUGACUGAGCUCUCGCUCAACAAUAGACGACAAUAUGAUCUAGAGAGUGAUUCGUUUUAUAACGAUGAAAAUAGUUGGUAUGUAAACUUGUCAAUGUUCCAGCAACUGAAAGAGCUCAAAACUCUUAAUUUAUCCUACAAUCAUUUCGAUUAUUCCAUUGGUGAACAAGAAUUAAAGAACUUGAACAAUUUACGGUUCUUGGAUAUAAGUCAUAACAAUUUCAAUGGUGCCCUAUCAUUUAAAGGUAAAUUUUAAAUUUCUUAUUUUUGC